AUGGCCGAGGGCGACUUCCAGCUCCUGAACAAGGGGUUCACCGUCCCUGCGGUGCAUUCAACGAUCCAGCAGACCUCGCCCAGCGGCGACAGCCACCCCUACAUCGAGCUCACGCCCACGGCGACAGGUCCCAUCGCCGCGCUCGGAUUCCAGAACCGCGGCAGCGCCAUGGUCUCCAUCUUCGCGCAAGUCAGGCAGCACUCAGCGUCCUCCACCAAAGGCUCGGAGUGGCGCGUCGUGUGCUCCCGGCUGCAGCUCAUGCGCGACCCGCACUGCGACGACGACGCCGAGGACUUCCACGUCAUCUCCCUGUCGCACGGCUCCCAGGUGAUCACGGUGCGUAUUGUUAUGAUGCAGCUGUCGCCGCACUACCCUCCGGGGUCCUUCGGAGUCGCUGCCGCGACGCUGUUCAGCCGCGGGUCGCCCCAGGAGCUCCUGCGAGCGAUGUCGACGUCGCGGAAAGCGCUGGACCGCGCCAGCCUGCCGGCGUCGUCUGCGGCGGCGGCCGCCUCCGCGGUCGACGAGCGCACGGCGUCCGCGACCGCUGCGGUCGCGGUGUACGCGUCGGAGCGUGUGCGGGAGGCGCACAAGCGGCACGAGGAGGCGGUGCGAGGGAUGCGGCCGGCGGUGGACGCGUUGGCUGACGACGGGGGCAAGGGAGCGUGGCAGGGGGGGGGUCCGACGGGGGGGGGUCCGGUGGGACGGUACCGCGAACUGCUAGAAUGGGCCGCGGGAAACGGCGCCGGCGCGCGCGAGCUCGCGUCGUCGGGGCUGUGA